UGAACAAAUCGCUAAGUAUAUUUAAGGCUUUCAGUGUGUAACAAGUGUUUAUGAUAAUUAAAAAGAGAAGGAACAAAGGAAAAAACUAUAUGAAAAAUAAAAAAAAAUAUAUGUAUAUAAAAAUUAAAAAAUUUAUCCUUGCAAUAUCCUUUUCUUUUUGUUUUUGAAAACAAUUACCUAUAUAAAAAAAAAAUAAAUUUGCUUGUUUCCAAAGUAGUUGGUUUUUUUUUUAUAAAAAAACAAAAUUUGAUGCGAAAAGAUGAAAUUUAUUUAAUAUUUCCUAAAAUUACAGCUUGUGAAAAUUAUCAAAAUUUUGUAAAUCUUAGAUGUAUCUAUGUAUGUAUAUGCAAUGGUUAAAAUUUGGUUUGUGUAGUGUUAAGCCAUUAUUGUUGAUUAAGAAAUAAAAAAAAAUGGAAAGAGAUUAUUGAAAUGCGUCAAUCGAAAUAAAAGAAAAUUGAAUUAAGAAUGCUUUUCAACCGUAUGCAUACACAUAUACAUAUACAUAUAAAAUUAUCUACAUACAUUUAAUGUGAAUAGUUACUGUUUGUUUUUUUGAAAUUAUUAAAAUACAUACAUACAUAUUAUGUAUUAUAUUAUGUAUGUAUAUUAAAAUUAAAUCAAGAAAUUCAAAAGAAUAAAUGAAAAAGUUUAAAAAACUGUUCCUUACGUACUUAUUGUGUAUCUACAUAUGUAUGUAAAUCAAUGUGCUUCAUGAAAAUUCAACCAUUCCCAUCAUUAAUAACAAAACAACAAAAAAGGAAUAAAUUAUAUACAUAUAUUAUGUAUGCAUAAAAUCUGUUAAUCGUACUAUGUAGGUGGGAUAUACAUUGUGCAAAGUUUAUUAUAAUGUCGGAAAAUGUUGACACCGAAUUAUUAAUUAAUUGUACAAUAUUGGCUGUGAACCGAUUCACUUUAACAGAAGUGAUAAAUGCAACAAAUUUAAAUAGUUUUAAUAGGUCUGACAUAGUCCAUUUGUUAUCGAGUAUUAUUGAAAAUGAAGAUGAAAUAUCAGGAGAUAUUAGUGCAGCAAGGGAUUUUCUAACAGAAUGUAUAUUUCCUUCUCCGACGAGGCCAUAUGAGUUACCAUGGGAACAGAAGACAGUGUGGGGGGCAAUUUUUGGAUUAAUGUUAUUUGUUGCAAUUGCAGGCAAUUGUAUAGUUUUAUGGAUUGUUUUAGGACAUAGGAGCAUGAGAACUGUUACAAAUUAUUUUUUAUUAAAUCUUAGUAUAGCAGAUUUGCUUAUGUCUUCAUUGAAUUGUGUUUUUAAUUUCAUAUUUAUGUUGAAUUCUGACUGGCCAUUUGGAUCACUUUAUUGUACAAUCAAUAACUUUAUGGCUAACGUAACUGUUUCAACUAGCGUCUUUACUUUAGUAGCGAUUUCAUUUGAUAGGUACAUUGCUAUUGUACACCCACUUAAGCGUCGUAUAUCAAGGAAAAAGGCAAGAUUCAUCUUACUAUUAAUAUGGAUUUUGAGUUGCAUUUUAGCUGCUCCAUGCCUUUUGUAUUCCUCAACAAUGACAAAAAAAUAUUAUAAUGGAAAAUCGAGAACAGUUUGUUUUAUGAUGUGGCCAGAUGGUCGUUAUCCUACAUCAAUUUCAGAUUAUGUAUAUAAUUUGGUUAUUUUAAUUUUAACAUAUGGUAUACCAAUGUUAGUCAUGCUAGUUUGCUAUUUUUUAAUGGGACGCGUACUUUGGGGUAGUAGAUCAAUAGGAGAAAAUACUGAAAGACAAAUUGAGUCAAUGAAAUCUAAAAAAAAGGUCGUCAGAAUGUUUAUUGCAAUUGUUUCAAUAUUUGCUAUUUGUUGGCUUCCUUAUCACAUGUUCUUCAUAUAUUCAUAUCACUAUAAUGACGUAGCACAAACAAGAUAUGUGCAGCAUAUGUAUUUAGGAUUUUAUUGGUUGGCCAUGUCUAAUGCGAUGGUUAAUCCAAUAAUUUAUUAUUGGAUGAAUAAAAGGUUUCGCCUAUAUUUUCAAAAAAUAGUUUGUUUUAUAUGCAUUAGAAAAUCUUCAAUCAAAACAGAAUCCCCCAGCAUUAUACUUAAAAACAAGGGAUAUUUAAGAAAAAAGGAUGAAAGUCAGUUACUUAAAUGGAAAAGAAGCACGAUGGAAACACAAGUUCAGCCCAAUAAUGCAAUUCAACCUGUAUGUGGUGGCGAAUUUAUAAAUAACGUUAAAAAAGACUUGUGUAUCAAGCAAAAUUCAGGGUCAUCAUUAAAACUGCAACAUGUAAUACAAGAAAAUUCAAUUGAGAAAAAAACAUUAAAUUGUGAUAACGACAAUAAUGCUCAAAAGAACUGCGAUGCUGAACUCUAGGGAGCUAUUGAAU